AUGUUUCGAAGACCCGUAUUACAGGUGGUUCACGCAUGUGUGCGACACGAGUCGGAAAUAGCCAGCAACUUGGUUCUUGAAAGAUCUCUCAACCGUGUGCAGUUACUCGGCCGCGUGGGCCAGGACCCCGUCAUGAGACAAGUGGAAGGGAAAAACCCAGUCACCAUAUUUUCCCUCGCAACCAACGAGAUGUGGCGGUCUGGGGAGAGUGAAGUGUACCAAAUGGGCGAUGUCAGUCAAAAGACAACGUGGCACAGAAUAUCCGUGUUCAGGCCGGGCCUGCGGGACGUCGCCUAUCAGUAUGUGAAGAAAGGGUCUCGAAUAUAUGUUGAAGGAAAAGUUGACUACGGCGAAUACACAGACAAGAACAAUGUGCGGAGACAGGCCACGACCAUCAUAGCAGAUAACAUCAUAUUUCUGAGUGACCAGACCAAGGAGAAGGUCUAG